AUGAGGCUGCUCCUGGCAGCGCUGGCCCUGCUCCUGCUCCUGAGCAACUUGGUGCCUGGGGACAGUCUGUCGCUGGAGAGCCUGCUGACCAACAUGAGGUGCAAGUGCAUCAAAUCGACCGCCCAGGUUAUCAACUUGGGACUGAUUCUCACCAUCGACGUCACGCCGCCUGGUCUGCACUGCCGGAGGAAGGAGAUCAUCCUCACCCUGAAGAAAAACAAGAGGGUGUGCGUGGCCCCCGAGGCGCCCUGGAUCCAGCUGCUCGUCCACAGGCUGACGCAGAGGAAUGCCGCCAGGAGGGCAGCGGCGGCGCGGCCGCGGCGGGGAGGCUCAGCAGGGGCGCCGUGCCCUUCCUCUCACGGCUCCCGCGCUCCAGCCCCGCCGCCGUCCCCGUCGUGCCAGCCCUGA